CCGCCGCCGCCGCUGCCGCCGCCGCCGCCGCGCCGGGGCUCGCCGCGCCCCGCCCCAGCCCGGCCCCGGCCCGCGGCCGCGCCGCCGCCGGGGCAGCGGGGCGCCGCGAAAACGCGCCGCGGCGCCGCGUGUCCCUCGGGCCGCGCCGUAGCCGGCCGGCGCCGCUGGGGCUGCUGGGAAGUGUAGGCGGAAGCGGCGGGCGGGCGGGCGGGCGGCCGGCGGCGGGGAGCGGUGGCCUGGCGCCAUGGCCCUCCAGCCUGGUGCCAUGGAUGUGCUGCAUACCACUGGUAUCCGCUUCGCGGAGGUGCUGCAGUCGGGGCCGCCCUGGCUGGAGAAGUUCUGGCUCUCGGUGACCUCCCUGGCUGAUCCCAAAAGCAUCUUCACCGUCUGUUUCCCUCUCGCCUAUUUUCUCGACCGCAAGGUGGGGGUGUCGGUGCUGUGGAUUGGCCUGGUCUCCGAGUGGCUCAACGUGGUCUUCAAAUGGUUCUUAUUUGGGGAGCGCCCGUUCUGGUGGGUCCAUGAGUCGAGGCUCUUCAAGGAGCAGCCGGUCUCAGUGCGCCAGUUCCCCGUCUCCUGUGAAACGGGACCAGGCAGCCCCUCCGGCCACUGCAUGAUCACGGGGGCAGCGCUGUGGCCGCUCGUGACCGCCCUGACGGCGCUGGCUUCCAGGCACUCCAGGAGCGCGGUGGUGAAGCUGACCCCCUUCGCCGCCUACGCUCUCCUGCUGCUGGCUGUGGGGCUCUCGCGGGUCUUCGUCCUCGCUCACUUUCCCCAUCAGGUGGUCGGCGGCAUCCUGGCGGGGGCAGCCCUGGGCUGGGGCCUGCACGCUCGCGCACCGGCCGCGCGCCCGCUGGGCUUCUUCGUCCGCACCUCGCUGGGGCUGCUGCUGAGCGCCGUCGCCGUGCACCGGCUCAUGAUCGCCGCCGGCGUCGACAUCGACUGGUCCAUCCGCCUGGCCACCAAGUGGUGCGCGGACCCCGCCUGGCUCCGCUUCGACACGCGGCCCUUCACGUCCGUGUGCCGCGACGCCGGCAGCGCCCUGGGGCUGGGGCUGGCCGCCGGCUCCCCCCCGGCGCCCCGCCAGCGCCUCGGCCGCCGGCAGCGGGCGGCCUGCGCGGUGCUGGCCGUGGCGGCCGUGCAGGUGCUGCACCGCGGCCUCCGGCGGCCCGAGCACGCGGCCCUGUGGUACGGCGCCAGCUUCCUCGAGUACGCCGCGGGGCCCUGGCUCGUGGCCGCGCUGGUGCCCCGGCUCGUCCUUGCCCUCGCCGGCCCCCGCGGCUCCCCGCACGCCGAGUAGCCGCCCCGGCGCGGCUGCUCCCUCCUGGUUUUGCCCUCCGCUGCGCCCAUCACGGCGGCUCCGGGCCGGGAGCAUCCGCAUCCCCCCCUCUCCGUUUUGGGGACAGAAAGCCAGUUUUUAACCGGCGCUGCGCUCUCUCUGCUCCGCUGGCUGAUCCCCCCCCACCCCCUCGUGCCUCGGGGAAACUGAGGCACACGGGGAGCCCCCAAACGCAGAGCAGCGGUGCCGCCGGGUAUUGCCAGAAACGGUUUUAUUUAUACAAGGACGAACAUCGGUAACAUGUUACAAAAUACUCAACUGAAAACCAUAUCGAGAGCGCGCGAGCGGGCGGGCGGAAAAGAAACCGAGGCAGGGCUGGCGGCGGGGGGGGGCCGAGCCCGCACGAGGCGGCCCCCGCACUGGGCUCUCCGUCUCUGCGAGGGUCGUUCCUGCCUCCUGCGCCGGGGGUGGGGGGACACGGCGGAGACCCCCUGCUUUGGGGCAGCCCCACAGGUCCCCGCCGGGAUCCCCCAGCCCCGGGUUUGAAUCCCAGGGCCGGAGGGUCCCCAUCCCCAUCCCCGGUCCCCCAAAAUCCCGCCGGGGUCUCCCCCGGGAGGUGAUGGCAGGGGGCAGGGGGGCAAGCACUGCCACCACCGCGGCUGUCCCCAAGUUGGGGACGUCGCACGGGGACAGUGCCGCCUCCCCGCUAAUAGGGAUGGGGGCGACUGGGGAGGGAGGGAGCCGCUUCCCAAAACACCCCAGAAUAACUUAAACCGCAAAGCACCGUUUCCAUCCUCGCCCCCCCCAACCCCCUGCCUGCCCCGAGGACCAGCGACCGGUGCAAUCCAUUAAAAAAAUACUAUUAAAUAAUACAUCUGUAAUAAAAUUAUAUACCUUU